AUGAUGUGGCUUCGACGAACAGCAUGCCUAUGUUCCAUACACUGUAUUUUAAUUACUGCAGUGGUCAUUUGGUCAUCAGUCUUCUUUUAUCUUUCAUUCAGCCUGUACGGUUUACAACCAAAAGGAAAGGAUGUUAAUGAGCAGCAAACUCUGGCAUUAAAUUAUGAGCAAGCUUUGUUAAAUUUAGCAAAAGUAAAGGAUGAAAAUGAAAAACUUCGUAAAAUGUUAGAAGCUGUAAAUAUGAUGGGAAGGAAGAAGUUGACUAUGGGGAAACGGGAUAGUUAUGUAAAAAUAAACAGUGAAUUUAAAAAUAAAGAAGAGCGAGUCAAUAGAGAAAAGAAUGAAACUUCGUUAUUUCCGUCGUCGAAUGGCUUUUCAUUGAAACAUGAAUUGCUUUCUUUACUUGGUCAAGCGGCAGCAUUCAAAAAUGUUGACUCAGAAAGUUGGCGAACAAAUGCACUUGCAAAUAUUUCUGCAAGAUUUCAAAAUUAUUUUGACAAAAUGCAGAAUCCUGACGAUUGUAAAGCUGCAAAAAUUUUAACAUGUGAUUUGAAUAAGCCUUGUGGUUUCGCCUGUCAGCUACAUCACGUUACGUAUUGUUUUAUUGUUGCAUAUGGUUCAAACCGGACACUCGUUUUAAAGGAUGAUGGUCAUAAGUGGAAUUAUGCCGCAAACGGCUGGACCACUGCUUUUCUUCCAGUUACCAAAUGUUCAUUUUCGGAGAUUUUCAAGCCUAAUGAAUAUGCUGCCGAUUGGGGUAUUAGUAAACAUUACUGGGAUAAACGAAUAGUAAAAUUAUCGAUUAUUGAUUCACUUCUUCACCCAAUACCUUAUCUUCCACUUGCUAUCCCGCGGUCAUAUAGUGAUGAGCUACUAAAGCUACACUCCAGUGCUCCAGCAUUCUUCAUUUCACAGUUUAUACGAUAUCUAAUGCGUCCAUCAGCAGUAUUUGCAAAGGAAAUUGAUCGGGCUGUAAAGAAAGUACCGUUUAACAAAGGACCAAUCGUUGGUUUGCAUAUUCGUAGAACGGACAAAAUUAACACCGAGGCAUCUUUUCAUGAUUUGACUGAGUACAUGAAUUGGACAGAAAAUUGGUUCCGGAUCGAAGAAUAUCGUACACAGUCAUCGGUUAAGAGGCGAAUUUAUAUUGCGACUGAUGAUCCAGAAGUUUUCAAUGAAGUUACAAUGAA